CUUCGGUAGUUGUGCUUCAGCUCACUUUCCUCCGCCGGCUUCUCCUUCUCCUCCUUCUCGCCGCCGCCAUCCGCCGCCGCUCGUUGUCGCCGCCGCCUGCUCCUCUUCCUCGCCUCCGCAUUCGAUGUUUUUACGAGCUAUCGAGGGGUUUUUGGUCUUCCGUGGUAUCGUAUUCUUCAAUCUAUGUGUUCUUUUUUUUCCCCCCAAUUUCCAUCUCCUUGUUCUUCGUUUCUAGUCUUCUUCGUCUCUGAUUUCCUCUGGAACUCCCGAUCGUAUUUCAUCUCGAUCCUGGUGUGGAGGAAGUUGCAAUUUUGGGGGCGGAACAGAAUGGGUGAGAGAUCCGUAUAGAGUUUGGAGUUGAUCGGCAAGGUGCGAUAGGGUACCCAAAUUUACCAUUUUGGCGAAGCCCUUGAAACGAGGAGAGAUUCUUUGGUGAAUAACUUCUCACAUAUCCUAAACUCUUCUCUCCGUCCUGAUGCUUCUUCUCUCCUUUAAUCCUAUCCUUUCUCUCUUCGUCCUCUUAUUCUUAUUUUCUCUCGUUCCUUGUUGGUCACGGGGAGCGAUCGAAGGCGGUUAGCUGAUGGCCAUGACUUCUCACGCCGCUAUCGUAGUCGGUCAUAGAGCAAUAAUUGAUAUGACAUGAUAUAAAUGCUCUAAUUAGGAAAGUAAAUUGUGCCAAUGUGUAUGUAAAGAUGAGGUUUUGGUCAAACGUAAAUUGAAGUACAGAUUUGAGCUGAAUACUUCAGUACUUCUAAAUUUUUUUAUUAUUUUUUUUUUUCUAGCCAUGAUUUGGACUGAAAUUUUGUGACUGGCUGCGUAUUCUGUUCUUUCUUGUGGUAAGCAGGUGAAAUUAUAGCUAGCUACAGAUUGGUGGAGCAUGGCAGAUUUGACCUUUUAUGUGUCACCAUAGAUGUUGCGUAAGAACAAUUCAGUCUUAUCUUGUCUCUACCUUUUUCCUUCUCUGGCUAUUGUUUCUGAUACUGAAGAAUCAGAAUCACAACCCUGUGAGAGUGCUUUGCAACCAAGAAUAGAUCUAAUUCGACUGAGGAAGGCUGCUUUCCCCCUAUUUUCUAAGAGUGAUGAUGUUGGACCUUAACUUGGCAUCCUCUAGUGAAUCAACAGCCCUUGGAGAGAAGACCAACUCCAAGGAUUCUAGAGAAUUAGAGAGGGAUGAUUCUGGGACAACUAAUUCAUCUGUCCUUAAUGCUGAAGCCUUAUCUGAAGUGGUCGAUGAGGAUUCCUGCUCGACUCGAUUUGCAGCUGCAUUCAGGUUUGGUGUUUUGAAGAGUCCUCUGACACUUGAAGGUGAAAAUGAAGUGGAAGAGGAGCUUGAAGAGGAUGCAAUUGGUGCCCAUCAACAACCUGAAAUGAUCACUAAACAGCUCCUUCCUUCAGAGCCUUUGGUGGUUCCAGAUGUUUCCCAAGUGCCAGUAGCAACUUCAUCCUUUUCAUCGUCUAAUCUCCAUUCUAUGAAUCUUUCCUUUUUGCAAGCCGAUUCAUCUGCAGAUUUGAGAAUUCAACAUCAGCAACAGCUGUUCCAUCAGCCACAACAGCAGCCUAAGAAGAGUCGAAGGGGACCACGAUCUCGGAGUUCUCAGUACCGUGGAGUUACAUUCUACCGUAGGACUGGAAGAUGGGAGUCUCAUAUCUGGGAUUGUGGGAAACAAGUGUACUUGGGAGGCUUUGACACUGCUCAUGCCGCCGCAAGAGCAUACGAUCGAGCUGCAAUUAAGUUUCGGGGAGUUGAUGCUGAUAUCAAUUUUAAUAUCAUUGACUACAAGGAAGAUCUUGAUCAGGUGAAAAAUAUGUCAAAGGAGGAAUUUGUGCACAUACUUCGUCGGCAAAGCACUGGAUUCUCAAGGGGAAGCUCAAAAUAUCGAGGAGUGACCCUUCACAAGUGUGGUCGCUGGGAAGCCCGCAUGGGACAGUUUCUCGGCAAGAAGUACAUAUAUCUUGGGCUAUUUGACAGUGAAGUAGAAGCAGCAAGGGCUUAUGACAAGGCAGCCAUAAGGUAUAAUGGAAGGGAGGCAGUUACCAACUUUGAGCCAAGUACCUAUGAAAGCGAAAUUAUUUCAGAGGGCGAUACUGAGGGACAUGACAUCGAUCUGAGUUUGAGGAUUUCUCAGCCAUUGGUCCACGCCCCCAAGGGAAACCAAAAUUUACCGGGCAACCAGAUCGAAGGUUUUGGCACAAACAAGGAGAGAGCGAAUGAAAAGAUGCCUGCUGUUGGUUUUCAAACUUUCCCAGUGUGGAGUUGGCCAACAAAUGUGCCUUCUCCAUUUCCAGUCUUUUCGUCAGCAGCAUCAUCAGGAUUCCCUACUACCAGAGCGACAGCUGCGCUUCCUCUGCUGCAACUGCAAGUUCCAACAACGCACCAUCCUCAUUUCCCUUCUCAACCUGCACCAAACUACCACUUCAGGAACUCAACUCAUUAGAGUCCCAAACAAUGAGCAGAUUGUGAGACCGUGCAUUCACAUUUUGCUGAAUAUAUUUCUCGGUCGGUGCGCUGUUGCAUCUGUUUAUAUUAGAUUUCUCGGGUAUCGAAGUGUGAUAUGUCAAACCCUUGCUACAUUUCAAGUUAUCCAAAGUUGUAACAUCUUAUAAUUGGAGCUAGAAGAGAAAUCUCUAUCUAUUUUCUUA